AUGCAAGAGGAUCCUGAAUCACGGGGCGCUUGGAGAGGUAAUGGGGAGACAGAUGAGAGUCUGGAGGGAUGGCUAAAACCGCCCCCGGCGAACACGAUGAGGGAGCCGCCUUUGCCCCAAGAUUCCUGGACCAACACGUGGGUCAGAGCCUGCGACGAGAACAAGAAAUGGCUCGCCAUGGCCUUCUGCGAGGACAGCCGUCACUACCCUUGGUGCUACUUGUGUGGCAAGUGGGCAGAGGAGGAGCACCUCAGGGGCGCGAAAUGUGCAGGGAAGCGAGAGCGCUUCAAUGUGGUCAUGGGCCCUUUUCUUGCGGAGCUCUUGUCCAAGGGAGCUGCGAAGAGCGAAUGUCGACGCCAAGUUCCGGGAGACGAAGAGCGGCCAAAGUUCAAGGCCAAGGCCCCGCCCCCCGUGGCGGCCCCGAGGCCGAAGCCGCCGCCGGAGCUCAGCGCGAAGCCGCCGCCACGGCCCAAGGCGAAGCCUCCGCCCGCGCCCCUAAGACCGCGAUGCCGCAAUGAGCACUGCAGCUAUCUGGCUCACCCAGAGAUGGACGAGUUCGAAGGCUACUGCUGCAAGGCCUGCCGCAAGUGGCUGCAGGAGGGGUACAAGAAAAAGACGCACCACGGCCAGCGCUGUCUGCGGGAACCCGCCCCCGACGCUGCACCAGAACCGGAGCCAGUUCCACAGCCGCCCAAGGCGCCUCCAAGUCGGCCUGCGGAGGAAGCGACGAAGUUUUCUCCACCGAGUAGGACGUCAGAGGGCGAGCCGGAGUCAGAAAUGGAGCCCAGCACGACAUUCAAGCUGCAGGCGUGCUUAAAAUUGGCGGAGCCAUGCACGUUUCGCAAGAAGAAGCUGAAUGAGGGCAUCCCUGUCUCCAGUGGCGUAGACCCGUCGGCACCUGAAACCAAGACCAACUUCGAAGGCAGCGUGCAGGUGGUCGGUGAGCCUGUUGUGAUCCUCCUGGAGUCCUUCGAGGUGCUGCGCGCACCGAUCUGCGAUGGCUGGAUCACGCUGGCCGAGAGAGGGGAAUGGAGUCCGCUCUGCAGCCGCUUUGCCGAGCCGGCCUCGGGCUGGCACCCGGCCUUCGCUUCUGCCAAGCACCUGGACAAGGAGUGGAAGCUGGCGGACGAGAUGUGGGAAGAGCUACAGCGGAUCUGGGAUGGCCUGGAGUCUGUGCAGCACGAGCUGAAGCAAGAGUUGCAUCAGCAAGGGGCUUGCCAGGAAGAGACCGUGGCACGCCGCAACGACCUGCGCCACAAGGCUCUGGAAAUGGUGCGCGAUUACCAGGAGCAAUCCAUCCGCUCCUCUGCAAAGUCUUUCGACUGGUAUGGAGGUCCUUCGAGGCAGGAGCGUGCUGGGAUCGCAAGGCAGAGGCGCAACCAGCUGGAAGAGGCUUCCAGGGUGGACGUGAAGAAGGAGUUGCAGAACCUGGCAGCGCAGCGUACCAAAGUCAUCACGGUAAGGAAUGCCAAACGUAUUGCAGAUGCCGAAUGGCAGAAUGCCAGAGAACUGCAAGAUUCCGAUCUGGCGAAGAAGGAAGAGCGUCGUGAUCAAGCACGGAUGGAGGAGAAGCAGGAGACACGUGCUUACUUCGAGAGUAUGGCGAGCCUAUGCCGGGUGGCCUCAACCAGUCUGCCGGAGCUGCUGCCGGAACUCGGACAGCACACAGAGAAGACCAUCCAGGCGGAGCUGAAGAAGCUGAAGCCAGCAGAUCAGGCAGAAGUGAGGCAGGUACUGGACGAGAACAUCAGCCUUUCACACUACGACCCACAGCAGCUGUCGAAAGCCACCCGCCUCUCGAGUGAGGGAGGCCGGCAUGCGAUCUACGAGAUGUCGCUGGAGCACACGCCAUGUGUGAUCAAAGUCUUUGACUUGCAUUCCUGCCGUGGACUUCCCGGCUUUGUCCAAGAGGUCAUGCUCCACACUAGGCUGCGGCAUCCCUUGAUUGUGCCACUUCGCCGAGCUUUCCUGGAUCUUGAUGACCAUCGUGGCUUCCUUCAGUUCGACCGCUACACCUGCAAUCUGGCAGAGUAUCUCGAGCAGUUGAAAAGACCUCGCCGGGUGCCCCAUAACUUCGGUGAGCCAGCAGAGGCCGGUUUGGUUGAUGAUCGGAUGCCAUGCAGGAUCGCACACACCAUGACACAGUCCGUGGCGCACAUCCACGCCCACCGUGUGGUCCAUGGUGACUUGAAGCCCUCCAAUUGGCUUUGGGACAAGUUGCAGAAGGCCCCGUGUCUUUGCGACUUCGAGACGGCCAAAGACCAGAAUCGUGGAACCACAACGGCAGCCAAGACCACGGGGCGAGGCUUGCACACUCCUGGCUAUCUGGCGCCGGAGCUCGUCAAGGACCCUUUCAGGUCCAAAACCAUGGAAGCAGACGUUUUCGCGCUGGGACGGUCUAUCGAGGAUGUCCUUGGCGCUGUGCCAGAGACGAGGCGGAGUCAUUGGCCGAUCAAGAGCAGCACGCGAUGCUACUUGGUUGACUGCUCCAAGGUGUACGUGAAAUCAGAUCGUUUCGGCGGAGCCGGAAGUUAUGCGGCCGUGCCCAUCAGAAAGGGCGACCUGGUGGAGCGCGGCAUCGUUCGGCGCUUGCCCGUGGAUGGGAACCACUGUCCGUAUGUUUUCACCUGGAGCGAAGACAAGACCGUGUGGGCCAGCGGCAGUGGGUGCUCCGUGUUCUACAAUGCCUCGCUCGACGGCAACGAGACAACAGAGAUGAAGAGGUUCUUCGACGAGGACCGUUUCGAAAUCUAUGCUUUGCGUGACCUGCAACCACACGAGGAGCUCACGCAUCUCUACAAGAGCAUGGAGUGGAGGGCCUGCUUUCAGGACCUGCGGCAGCCGGCGAACUCUUCGGAGGCCGCUGCUGAGGCCCUGGUUGCAAGCCAGGAGAACCUAGUCGACUGUUCCAAAGUCGAGGUUCGUCCAGAUGGGCAUGGUGGAGCCGGAGUCUUCGCAGCUGUGCCAAUCCAGCGUGGUGAGCUUGUGGAGCGGGGCAUCGUUCGCCGACUGCCGGUAGAUGGGAAUGUUAGCCCCUUCGUCUUCACUUGGAGUGAGGACAAAUCUGUAUGGGCCAGCGGCAGCGGCUGUUCCGUCUUUUACAACGCGUCCCUGAGCGGGUCCGAAAACACGGAGGUCGUUCGCCAUUUUGACAAGGACCGUUUUGAAAUCUACGCCCUUCGUGACAUUGAGAAAGGAGAGGAGCUGACACACCUCUACAAAAGCAUCGAAUGGCGCAGUUGUUUCCGGGACUUGAAAACACAGAGGGAGCUGUCGGGUUUGAAGAAACAGGACAAGGAGCGUGCGGACUUUACGGAGUACUGGGCCAGCGACCAUUCUGCGGCCACCCUGGAAAACAUGAUGCUAGAUUCAGAUGCUGCUUUCAUCGACAAACUGGAGCGGCCAGAGAUCCUCUCCCACAUGCCAAGCCUUCAGGGCAAGAGUGUUCUGGAGCUUGGGGCAGGGAUUGGCCGGUUCAGUGGCAUCCUGGCCGGCAAGGCUGAGCAAGUUGUAGCAGUGGACUUUGUCCACAGCUCCUGUGAGGAGAACAAGCGGGCCAACGCAGACAAGCUCAACUUGGAGGUCCUUCAGGCAGACGUUACGUCGUUGACUAUGGCUCCAGGCUCCUUUGAUUUGGUCUUCUCGAACUGGCUGUUUAUGUACCUCACUGACGAGGAAUGCCAGGAGUUGGCCAAGAAUAUCUUGACCUGGCUCCGCCCUGGUGGUCACAUCUUCUUGCGCGAGUCUUGCUUUCAUGCCUCUGGCAACACAGCGCGGCGCUUCAACCCGACAAAGUACCGAACACCGGAGCAGUACUCACAGUUUUUCAGCGAUGCCAGCAUCGAUGGCAUGCGCUUCCAGCUUUGUGGCACCAACUUUGUGGAAAGCUAUGCCCAGCUCAAGGGCAACAUGCACCAGUUCUGGUUCCGAUGGCAGAAGGUGGGCGUGCAGUCUGACCGUCACCUGAUGACGCUUCAGACGGGACAGUACUCGCCCGCGAAGAUUCUUCGUUACGAGAAGAUCUACGGCCGGGGCUACAUCUACACUGGUGAUGACCGCAUCUCUGAGAAGAUCAUGCAGCUUUGCGGAAGCCACCUUCAACCAGGAGCUCGCUGCUUGGACAUCGGAGCCGGUGCGGCUGGCACGGCCUACUUCCUGACACAACAGAGGCCUGGCAUCUACGUCCAUGCCGUGAAUUGGAGCAGUGAGUUGGCCAGUGUGAACGCAGGAAGACUGCCCCAGGCGCCUGAGAAUGUGCGCAAGUGUGUCACCUUCGAUUUGACUCCCGAAUCCGGUGUGCCGGAACACGAAAUGAGAUACCCACCCAAUGCCUUCGAUGUCGCCGUGCUGCGGGAGACGUUGAUGUACCUUGAUAAGCAGGACAAAGCUGUCAUUCUGCGAAAGGUUGCGCGUCUUCUGCGCCCCGGUGGCCGACUGGUUGUGGUGGACUACUGCGCAGGCAAGCCACGGGAAGAGAUGUCCGAGAUUUUCAAAGAGCACAUCCACCGCUGGCAUUACGAACUCCUCCCAGCAGCUCAACUCGAGGAACUCAUGGGACAUUACUUUGAAGUGGAGAGCGAGGAUCUUAGCCAGGACUUCGUUUCCUACAUGGACGAGGGUUUGCAGCAGAUCGAGGCGAAGCUGGGCCCGGGCACCUGGGGGCCCCCGGAGGAGCUCCGAGCCUUGCUCAGCGGCCGCUUAGAGGGUCGCCUGAAGGAGACGCUCUCGGAGCUUCCGGAGGAAGUCGCGGCCCAGGCCUGCGCUGCAGCGAUGGAGAAGGUGGAGCUCCACAAGGCUGCCUUAGAGUCCUCUGUGGAGGCCCAAAAGCUCGACUACGAUUGGGCUCGGGAGACUUGGAGCCUGGAGAAAGACGCGGCUUUGGCAGGGGACCUGAAAUGGCACAUCUUCGUCGCCACAAAGCCGUUCGCAGUGCCAUCGCACAGAGUGCGAGCCCUCGAGUCGAACAACCGGCCAACCGAGCGCAAGGAGCUAAAGAACUUUGUAGAGCGGAUGCUUUAUGAGGAUCCUUCCAUGCGCAUUCCGGCGCAAGUUGCGGCAGAGGCUUGGUGGGCUGAAGCUCUGAGCAGCACGGAUGGCUACGAACACCUGGUAAAGUGCAAGGAGGUGCUCUACUCGCAGGCCGAAUGCAGCAAACAGUUCCGCGACGGGAGGUCCUUCCAACAGCUCAUCGAGGCGAUCGUCAAGGAUCCCGAGUACCCGCUGAAGGAUGACAGGCUGGUCAUUGAGGUGGUCCGCAAAGGGGGUGCCCUGCUGUCGGUCGACAACCGCCGCCUCUACUGCUUCCAUGAGGCGCAAACCAUCCUUCGUCCCGAGACCGUUUGGAUCAGGAUACGGGAGCACCAGCACAGUCAUGUGCAAGAACGGUUCCAGAACCACUUCUCGACGCGGAACGGUGGCAAAUACAUCCAUGUACGGGGCCUCCCACUGCCUCGCCGCCCACCACCAGGUCACUGCUGA